AAAGAGUAGAUUGCGUAGUUCCUUUUCCCUGCCUGUGAGGGCAGUACUAACGCUCUCUGUCGUGUCACUGUUGUUUGCUGAGGACAACCUGUCAGGUACUGCUGAAAUCAGGUUCCACCGUUUCAAUUGGAAACAUUUUAGCCCUUUAGUGCAAUGGCAAGCAGAAAAGUUGAAGAAGCUCUUGAUCAUGUAAAAGCAGCUGAAAAAAGCCUAAAAACAACUUUUCUGAAAUGGAGACCUGACCAUGAAUCAGCAGCUGAUGAAUAUCAGAAAGCAGCCACCUGCUUUCGAAACGCGAAAUCAUUCCAGCAGUGUAAAGAAUGUCUUCUGAAAGCAGCAGACUGCCACAAGCAGAACAGAUCGUAUCCUUUGAACGCAUAUUGAAGUAUAUUCGCUUCUAUUUUUCUGACAGAUGCUUAGACCAAGCGAUUCUGGUCUGCAAGGAUUUGGGAGAUCUUUCUGAUGUGUCCGUCCUUGCUGAACGAGCUUGCAACAUGUAUCAGCAACACGGAUCUCCUGAUUCUGGUGCUGCAGCUCUGGACAAAGCCGCCAAGUUACUUGAAAGUCAACAUCCUGAACGGGCGUUGCGUCUUUAUCAACGAGCGGCAGAUGUUGUGAAUAUUGAAGAUAGUCCAAGACAAGCUGCAGAGUUCAUGAGCAAAGUUGCUCGAAUACUGGUGAAAUUACGAAUGUUUGAUGAAGCUGCGGAUGCAUUGAGGCGUGAAAUCGGCUUUCAUCAACAAUCUGAGCAAGUUCAAGCUAUUGGACGCCUCGCUGUAUGCUUAGUGCUGGUGCAAUUAGGUCGUGGUGAUUACGUGGCAGCGGAAAAAGAUUUUAAAGAGUGGGGAAACUAUUGUGAUGCUCCCGAGAUUCAGACUUUGGAAUCACUGUUAAUAGCUUAUGAUGAAGAAGAUUUUGAUGCCGUACGUGUAGCUCUCAACAGUCCUUUUAUUAAACAUAUGGACGUCGAGUAUGCUCGAUUAGCUCGUGAUCUUCGUUUGCAGGAAAGUGAGACAAGUGUUAAUAGAGCUCCUGAAAUGAAAGCAAAAAUUGCAUCAACUGAUAAUGCUGAUAUGGAAGCCGCAGGUGACCAUCCUAAAGACAGUAAUACAGGCUCAUCAACUGUAGAGAAAAUACCAGAAGAUGAAUAUGAAGGGGGCUUAUGCUAAACUUAGGCUUUAUUUUGGGGCAAUUAAAAAUUACAGUUUUAAUAUAUACAACAUUAAUAAUUCAUGUUACACAAAUUAUCUAUUAUGAAAACAUUACUUGUUGACUGCAAUGUAUUAUUUAGAAGUGAGACAGCAUGAGAUUAGAAGUAGAGUAGAUACAGUGAAUUAAAACAUUCAGGUAUGUUAGAGACUGAACUACAAACAUUCAUCUUCAACCUCUUGUAGGGCUACAAAAUUAAGGAUUAUAUAAAUGUUUUUGUUUAUCAAUGUAUACUAAUGUAUAAUGUUUUGCUUUGAAAUCAAAGCUAGGCUGAUGUUCUUUGUGUAUCAAGUUUCCCAAUUUGUUUGGUAUUAUUAGUUAGUGAAACUUGUGUUACUGUGUUUAAUAAGAAAAGGUUAUUUAAUAUUAUUUGUUUUGAGGCAAAUAUUGUAUAUAUGCAUUACUGAACUAAUACUGCCUUCUAGUGAGCAUUAGUAGUGAAGCUGUAUGUGCCGCUUGCUAUGUUAUAAACAAAUGUGGGAGGUCAGAAGGUGAUGGAGAGGGUUUAAAGAGGGUUUAAUAUGAUUGGAGAUUCCAUAGAUGUCUCCAAUCAUGUUAACAUUCCACACACCUCUAGAAACUCUUUUGUUUUCCAAAUAUUGCUGCUCCCAAGUUCCAGUAAAAUUUUGGAUGUCAUUGUUUACAUUCACAGUGUUAAGUUCUUGCAGUGUUAUCUUUUUCAACCACAAAAUGUAUCUUUUGUAUACCGAAUCUAUGGUGAAAAAAAUAACACUUUGAGAUAUCCACAAACCAUUCACCUUUGAUCAGUUUAUUGCAUUCUUGUAAGGAGCACCUAAAGAUUUUCUAACUUUUUUUAAGAUAUAAGGCAUGUUACCCCUAUAAAAUAACUACCAUCUGACCCUCUUCUAGGUAUUGAUUAAAUGUGUUCAUUUUGUAUUAAAUAUUAAAUUUCUGUAGGAGGUAUUAUCAGAUGUUAUCAAUUUAUGUUCAUGACACAUAAGAUGCUGAUGCAUAAUAAACUCCUCUCUGUCUCUGUCAUAUCUAUUUCUUGAGAAAUAGAUAUUCAUCAAUAAACUAUACUUUGCUUUUAAAUUAAUACACUUUUAGCUCUGUUGUACAAAUAUUGUAAAUUCUCUUCCUCUUCUGUAUACAAUAAUUAGAUUUUAUUUGUAAAUAGCUGUUGGUGAUGAAGCAAUUAACUUCUAAUUUUAAUUUCAGCACAUAAAAUUAUGUGAAUAUGUGAAGAGGAGGUGCAAUUUUUGAAAGUUUUUAAUCAAAGGUCUGUGUAAUUGCAAUAUUAAAAAUAAAUAAACAAAUAAGCAAUAUUCCGUUUAAAAAUUCCAUACUUUGAAUUCGAUAAAUUCUGCAAACAUGAUAUUGAGAAGUGAAGUUGUAGGCUUCCGCGACCAGAGUCAAGUGCGUGAUCUUCUCUGUCCGGGUGAUGCCGCGUCAAUGGCUCUGUUGCCGACGUUUUGACCAUCGUGUUGUGGUCUUCCUCAGGAAGCCUUCAACACGGUGUCACCCAGACACGCACAUGAUGAUGGGAAACUUUUCUUUUGUGAAUCAAUUCCACUUGGGGCCUUACCAGUGCAACCUAUUUUGCAUAUUAAUAAAUGGCAAGUUAAUGG